CCCCACCCUCCAUCCAAAACCCAAGUCCCAUCAUCUUCAACCUUCGGCCACAAAAAUUCCCUUCCCAGUCUCUCUCCACUCCCACGGCACAAGGAGCGAGAAAAUGGCGCUCACCACCACAUUCCUCCCAAGGAAUCUCUCCCCACCAUCCCUCGCCGUCAACAAGGCGAAACCGCCGGCGAGGAGCAGCAAUCUUAUGCUGGUGAGCUGCAGGAAGAAGGACCUGCACCCGCAAUUCUACGACGACGCCAAGGUGUACUGCAACGGCGAGCUCGUGAUGACCACCGGCGGAACCCAGCAGGAGUACGUCGUCGAUGUCUGGUCCGGAAACCACCCCUUCUACCUCGGCAACCGAUCCGCCGUCCUCGUCGAUGCCGACCAAGUCGAGAAAUUCCGCAAGAGGUUUGGCGAGCUGUCGGAUAUCAUGGAGAUCCCCGUGCUCAAGGGCGAGAUCAUUGUGCCCUCGCGGCGCAAGUCGGCUAAGGGUGGUAAGAAGAAGUAGGGUUUCUUUGUCCUGUGCCUUUUCCAACUGAAAUUGUAAUUGAGCCCUUGUUUAGUUGUAAUUGGAUGAAAUGGUUUUUGCUCUAUCGAAAAGGGAAAAAUUAAGAGUGGUUGAUGCUGAGAAUU